CGCAAGGAAUGUGCUUGCGUUGCGCAGGAAACCGCUAGUUUCUCAAGACUUAUAAAUGCGGUGUAUGCACAGUUAAGCGUAUUAAAUGCACAUUUUAAGAGAAAGUCACGAUUUUUAGAGAAACUGUUUCAUUAUAGCUUGAUAUAACCCUUCCCAACAGCCACCAGGAAUAUUUUUGUGGAAAGUGGGUGUCGUUUAUCCGAGGACUUGAGUUUUAUGUUUCACUCAGCGACCGUUGACUUUUUGUCACACUGUUGUGCCAGCAUUAAAUCUACUUCAUAAGACUUUUUUUCGCCGAGAAAAGGGGAGUACUCUUUGAAGAUGUCCGUGGCGGGCUUAAAGAAGCAGUUUUACAAAGCCAGCCAGAUGGUGAGUGAGAAGGUUGGUGGUGCGGAGGGAACAAAACUGGACGAGGAGUUCAAGGACCUGGAGAGAAAAGUAGAUGUGACAAAUAAAGCUGUGAUGGAAGUUAUCUCUAAAACAUCAGAGUACCUGCAGCCCAAUCCAGCAUCUCGUGCAAAGCUGUCUAUGUUGAACACUAUGUCUAAAAUCAGAGGGCAGGUGAAGAGUCCCGGUUAUCCACAGGCAGAGGGGCUGAUGGGAGAAUGCAUGGCAAAGUACGGCAGAGAUCUCGGAGAGGACACGAACUUUGGUGGUGCUCUGUUCGAUGUCGGUGAAAGUAUGAAGAGGUUAGCAGAAGUGAAGGAUUCUUUAGACAUUGAUGUCAAACAAAACUUUAUAGACCCUUUACAAGGCCUGUGUGACAAGGACCUGAGAGAGAUACAGCACCAUCUGAAAAAGCUUGAAGGACGCAGGCUGGAUUUUGACUAUAAGAAGAAGCGUCAGGGGAAGAUUCCAGAUGAGGAGAUCAGGCAAGCCCUGGAAAAGUUUCACGAAUCUAAGGAGGUGGCCGAGAUCAGCAUGUACAACCUUCUAGAAACCGAUAUUGAGCAGGUGAGUCAGCUGUCGUCGCUUGUUGAGUCACAGCUGCAGUACCACAAACAAGCUGUUCAGAUCCUGGAGGAACUCUCGGACAAACUCGGAGACAGGAUGAAAGAUGCUCAGUCUCGUCCUCGUAAAGAAUACAUCCCCAAGCCCAAACCUGUUAUUGAAUUUGGAGAAACCAACGAACAGUCGAACGGUGGUUUCACCCAGACAUCUGCCCCACCUGCACGUAAUGCAGCCCCAAACCACCAGUUUGGCAGAAUGACAUCGAGGAAACCCAGAUUGCCAACGGAGCAGCCUUGCUGUAAAGCACUUUACGAGUUCGAGCCGGAGAACGAGGGGGAGCUGGGCUUCCACGAGGGCGACAUCAUCACUUUGACCAAUCAGAUCGAUGAAAAUUGGUAUGAGGGCAUGCUGCGCGGCCAAUCCGGAUUCUUCCCUCUUAACUACGUGGAGGUCAUCGUCCCUCUGCCACACUAGGAGGUCUCACGCGAAGGAAAGAGGAAGUAAGGGGGAGAGCGAGAGAGAGGGAUGAAAAAUGAAAGGAAGUAAGCUGGAGGAACGUGAGGUAGGGAGAAAGGUGUCAGUUGAAGUCAUCUUGGUCUUCAUCCUCGCCUGUUUUCACAUUGUUGCCUUUGAUCCAAAUGUACCUGUACUUGGGCACUUUUACACAUCGGUUUAUUUUAUAAGGGUGGAUUUUGGAAAUUGACAACUUUUCACAUUCCGGGACUGAGAUGCAUUAAGAGACUGACCGACCGACAGCGUAACUUUGUCCUUGAGCUAAAAUGUCAGACAUUAACUGGCUUCAUUUGUCUAAUGUUUUUCAUAAUGUCUCUUACCGUUUUGUACGACACUCGCUGAAAAGAGAUGAAUUCGGAUUAAGAUGUCCCUGUGGUGAAUUUCUGACGUUUUUAAAGAGUAGAAAGAAAAUUCUUAGUCUACUCAAUACAAGUCCUCUGUAACAGAAUUGUGAAUGGUUGUAUUAUGACUCGACCGGUCCCUUUACUGCCCCCUGCUGGUCAGGCUGUGACGCGGACCUGCCUCAGAAAGGAGUAAUCUUCAUCUGUGACAUCAAUACUGUGGGGCCUUGUGUGCAAUGUCCCAAUGUGCAGCAAUCCUGAGCCACAGUCCCGUAGAGAGGAUCUAGUGCUUUUAUACGCUCCAUUAUUGUUAUGUUUUUCUACAGUUUGUCCUCAUCUAAUAUUUUCAUGUGUAUUUUUUACAAGGAAUGAAUUGUAAAAAAACAAAUUACAUGCUGAACUGCACCUUGGUCCUUGUGUUGUAAAGGUGAACUAAACGCUUAUAAGGGAUGCGUUUUCUAAAACAGCUGUCUAACGUUUAAAACACUCAUUUUUAUAUUCCAUUAGGAAGACAGAUACACCGUUAAAACACUACAUGUUUGUUUUCAGAGGGAGAUAUAGCCAAAUUGUUAACUCUAUGGAAUGUAAUAAGGGUUUGAAAUGUCUUCUUCCAGCUUCCGGAAUCUCUUUCUCUGUCCCUUCCUCUGAUAUCAGUUUACUUUCCAUCUGAUGCUGCUGGCAGUGUCCUACAAUUUCAGGUGUAUAUAUAGGCGUGUUGAGGGAGGAAAUUUGCACCUGUUCAGAUGAGAAAAACCGUUCUUCAGUGUUCAGAAAAUCAAGAGAUGAUGCCACGUCUCUUGGCAAACACUCUUUUGCUCCCCCCCCAUCACAUACGAUGUUUAGGGCUUUAGAAAUGUUUGGGGUCAGUUUGGAUCUAGUUAAAUGAAGAUCAAGUGUCUGGUGAUAAUAUGGUAUGAAUUCUUUCAAAUACGGCACACAACAUCUUUUGGCGGUUGUUUCCCUUCACCCCCCCCCCCCCAUUCAAAGUCCUGUCUGCACCAAACGGCUCUCAGUUUGCCUCCCAGUGUGUGUUUACAUGUUUUGUGCACAGUUCUUUUUGCUUGUCAGCAGCACACAUGUGCUGGAGCGGACAGGCCUCCUCAAUGUGAUGAAAAUGUGAACGAAACAGAAGGCGAUUACCGUUUCAGUGCCUUUUUGAUGGCAUGAAUGGAUCUAGAACACCAAACAAAAGUCAGUUUGAUUUACACGAUAAUAUGUCGUUUCUGUCUGUCUGUUUGUGUACGAAGGGCUUGUCGGUUUCAGUAUUUGGCAUGAGCUGUAACCAGAUGUACAAGCAUGUGUACAGAUGUGCCUUUGCAACAUACACGUUUAAAAAAAUGAAAGCAAAUGGGUUAUUUCUGUCUAAUCCAGCCAGAAUAAUUUUAUGAAAACAGAUCAUUCAGGUUUGACUCCUUUAGUAUUAUAUUAUUUUUUAUAUGUAUACAAAACUAUUCAACCUUUUUUAUUAAUAAUUUUUGCAUGUUAGCUUGAUAGCGUAGCAGGCUGAUUUAUGUUGUAGUUUUAAAGUCUCCUCUUGUAUGUCUUGAAGAUUUAACUGCAUUAUGUUGUUGUUCUUAAAUACCCCAAACCUUAAACAUUUGUAUCUUAUUGUGUCCUGUUGUCUUU